CAGACCGAAGCCCACCAGUGAAUAACUAUAAUUCAUCUGCUGACACUAGAUAAGAGGGCAUCACCCUAACAAUCACGGACAGCCAAUAUCGAGGUCACAGGAAGAUGCCUAAAGACUUACGUGUUCGAAGGUAUGCCCAUGGCUUAUCAGGUAGGCAAACACCCACCACUACUGCAUUCCAUGGAACGAGACUGGAUAUCGGUCUUUGUGUACGCAUCAGCGACGUACAAUGCUAGAUGCUAAUGGAAUCUUCUGCAUUGGCCUUUAAUCACCUCAUCCAGCAAAAUGUCGUGCAGCCUCACAGCGAGCAUUCACCGUUGUGUUUUGGUUGUCCCCUCGCCAAUUGCCCCAUGACGCGAGAUUGUUACGUGUCCCUUAGGCUCCAGAAUGCCUUGCAGUAACAACAGGCCAGACUGCAACGAUUGGGUCGCUAGCCACAUUGACAUCAUGCGGGAGUAUGCCGUGAAACUUCAGUUGUGCGACAUCAAACAAGAAAAGUACCUACAUAACAACAUGUUAGACCGUUUGCCUUUCCCAUACUUCUUUAUAUCAUUCUGCCUUUCCUUCGUCCAUCCCCAGGGCGAUAUUCUGCAACGAUCUCAACCAUGGCAUCUUCUGCUGUAUUCGAGAUCCCUCGCCUGGAUCUCCAGGAAUGCGAGAUCGAUUCUUCAGCAUCAAUCAACCUCGUCGAAGACUUGACCUCAUACAACUGGAUCGAGGCACCCGAGACGACUCCAACAAUCGCUGUUCCUGGCUGUCCCGCUCUGUGGGCACCUCCACCAACACCAACACGAGUUGACAAGGAUUCCGGCCUCAUUUAUAUCUCCCAGAAUGCAGCACGACACCCCGAAUAUCCCCUUGAACCACUUUUUCGCGCAUUGUACACUACACAUCCUUUGUUCGAUAUCACACCUAUUGAUAUUGUGACCGAUCGAAACAACAUGCGUAAGCUCCUUUCAUUCGUCGACCCAGGCUCCUCCAGAAAUGGCCUGGAGCCUUUCAAGAUCAAUGUCGAGAUCAUCAAGAACACCGCAAUAUUCUGUCGAGAGGAGGUCAACUCCAUGGAAUUCAUUGGACCCAACGAAUUCCGAGGGUUUGGCCAUGAAUUCGAGAAAGCUCAUACUGCUAGCCAGAUCUACGGUAGCACAGGACAUCAUAGAGUCAUUUCGUACCAUUUCGGUGGCUUGAAGUUUCUUGUGCGCUACGAAACAGAUGGAUAUCUGGCGGAAAAAGAAGCCCCUUCAGACGAGUACCUGUCCAAAUUGCUGGAUGGACUGUCUCUGUCAGCAUCCAAACCUGGUCCCGAAUCCCUCCCGCCUCAGUUUGCUGUGUCCAAAUUGAGAAUCAAGAAGCUAGGACAGACAGUAUCGCGGACGUCCACCAUUGAAAUCAAAACAAGAGUCAUUCACAAGCCUCUUGAUCUCCAACAAAUUAUCCCACAGCUCUGGAUAUCUCAAACCCCGAACCUGGUCCGAGCAUAUCACCAGAAUGGCGUUUUUACGACUCCAAUGGUGCAAAACGUUACCACAGAGAUCCAAGAUUGGGAAAAGCGCAACCACAAAGACCUCCAGAAACUAGCAAUCUUGAUUCGAAGGGUCAUCAGCCUCGCAAGGCAGUGUGGAGGAACCGCUGUCGUCCAAUCCGAUGGCGAUCCUGACAAACUGCUCAUCUACAAGGUUGAUAGGAAAAAGAUGCUGCCUCAAGACUUGUAUUCGAAAUGGGAUGAGGACCAAGAAGAAGGUGUAGGCAUUGACGACCGGCACGAAGGCAGCCAUGGACUUGAGGUGGCCGAAGCAGGACGACAAAGCACCGACACGCCCGCAACCUCGUCAGAUGGAGUCAAGACACCAAUCAGAACUGGCGUGGUCAGCAACAAUGUUGAUUUAGCCAAAUUUCCCUAUUUAUCGUCCUUCGUGCAAUGUCAGAAGACCCCUCACCCAGAAGGACAAGAGCCGUUUGACGACACCGUCGACCUCUCCAUUGUAGCUCUCCAAGGGGUUAAAUCUGGCUGCUCGCAAUGUAUUCAGUCCCUCCCAGCACUCGUCCAUGAAUACCGCAUUCUUUUCCAAACGUAGUACCAAUUCAAUCAGAUCGACGUUCUAGGGGAAUUGUCUCUUGACGAGGUAAUCGCCAAUCUUGAAUUCGACAUCGGCAGAACGGACUACGACAACGACGACAACGACGACA